AUGAGUAAUAGUAACCUACUGAAAAGUUCAGUGAAUCAAUAUCUCGAAGAGCUCCCUCAGCAAAUUCAGAGCAGACUCUAUCAGUCGCCAGCUACAUGUUUGGCCAUUUACAGGUUGCUGCCACAAAUGGCCAAAUUCUUUAUCAUGUCUAUGGUGUUCAAUGAGAAUGAAAUAUCCCUACGAGAUUUGGAUAGAUGGGUAAAAGCUAGUGGAAAGAAUCAAUUCCAGGAUGCAAUCAAGUCCAUGAAAUCGCUUCAUUUACUGAUUCCGGUCAGGACCAAUGGUCCUAUGAUGAUCAAUUUAAAUCAAACUUUCCGAGAGAGUUUCAGGAAUGCGCUUACUGGUGGUGAAGUUAACAACUCAUUUGGGAUUGUUGUAGAUGAACCUAAUGAUGUGGUUAAUACAGAAAUGUUAGAUGCAUAUUCUGCUGAUAAAUGGGAAACAAUAUUGCAUUUCAUGGUUGGUACUUCUCUCGCGAGUACUCCAUCGGGGAAUGUCCUAAACCUCUUAAAGCACAGUAAGCUGAUGGAAGAGGUUAGCACUACUGGUGAGUUUAAGAUAACAAACGAAGGUUUUCAAUUUUUACUACAGGAAGUUAACUCCCAGAUAUGGGCCUUACUCUUACAGUAUUUGAAGAUGACAGAAACCUUACAAAUGGAUCCCGUCGAAGUACUCAACUUCAUCUUUAUGUUAGGUGCCCUUGAAUUUGGUAAACCAUACAGCAUGGACGGUUUAAGUGAUACUCAAAAACUAAUGUCAAAAGAUAUGAGAGACUAUGGUUUAGUCUUCCAGAAAAACUCUAAUUCAAAAGUGUUCUAUCCAACUAGAUUAGCCACCAUGUUAACAUCAGACGCCAAGAGCAUAAGAGGUGCCUCUGGCGCGAUGGACAGUGUCUUAAAGCAGAAUAAGGACGAGGCUUCGAACAAAGCAGCGAGCUCAAAUGCUGAUGCAGAUAGCGAUGACGAUGAAGUUGGCAUCAACGGUCAGCCUAUCCAGGAUGGCGCUCUCAUAGUUGAGACCAAUUUCAAACUCUACUCUUAUUCCAAUUCCCCACUACAGAUCGCUAUUUUAAGUCUGUUUGUACAUCUGAAAUCUAGAUUUACCAACAUGGUUACUGGACAAAUCACAAGAGAAUCUAUCAGAAGAGCUCUAAUAAACGGUAUCACCGCUGACCAAAUAAUCGCCUAUCUACAAACUCAUGCGCAUCCACAAAUGAGACGGCUGGCUGAAGAAAAACUCGAGAAAAAACUCGAGCUUGAUGCCAAUUGCAAAGAUACGCUACAAAUUCUUCCUCCUACUGUCGUAGACCAAAUAAAACUAUGGCAGCUCGAGCUCGACAGAAUUAUAAGCUACGACGGUUCAUUAUAUUCAGAUAUCGACAGCCAUCAAGAAUAUAUACUACUAAGCACCUACGCUCAGGAUAUUGGAGUCUUGCUAUGGAAAGAUGAUAGGAAGAGGAUAUUCUUCGUUUCGAAGGAAGGUAAUUCGCAGGUUCUGGACUACGCAAAGAGAAAGUUGAAGAAGAAACAAAGCCCGCCUUGA